AUGCAACAGAGCAGCAACUUUUCGGGAGUAGCCGUGUCGUACGCAGAAGAAUCACCAUACCCCUUCAUCUCUUCACCCGCCUUUGCUCCUCUCUCACCACACUCUCCUCUUAACAUUUCUCAUACCCCUCAGCAACAGCAACGGUCCCAGGGAGUAUCCGGACCCCAGAAACAGGAGAAGCUCGAUGUGAACCCCUCUUUUGUGCAGCAAAAUACCUUUUCGACACCUAGACCGUUCCAGGGGCGCAGGUCGUCCAUCUCCUCUAUUCAUUCUCGUCCAUCUGCCCGCACCUCUCCAACCCGAAAUGAAGCCGAGGAAGAAAAUGAGAAAGGAAGAUGUCCCCACCCAGACUGCGGCCGUGUCUUCAGAGACCUCAAAGCACAUAUGCUCACUCACCAAUCGGAACGCCCCGAAAAGUGUCCCAUUGUGACAUGCGAAUACCAUCUGAAAGGAUUCGCAAGAAAAUAUGAUAAAAAUCGUCAUACAUUGACACAUUACAAAGGGACCAUGGUUUGCGGUUUUUGCCCUGGAUCAGGAUCCGCUGCAGAGAAAAGUUUUAACCGCGCGGACGUAUUUAAACGCCAUCUCACGACAGUACACGGCGUUGACCAGUCUGCUCCCAACGGCAGGAAGAAAACCCCUCCGUCUGUUCCCAGUGGGAAGUUGUCCAGCUACUGCCAGGAUGCCACCGGAAAAUGUUCCACAUGUACCGCGACGUUUUCAAAUGCCCAGGAGUUCUACGAACAUCUUGACGACUGUGUCCUGAGAGUAGUACAGCAGGAAGAACCCUCGGAGGCCAUCAACUCCCGAAGGUUGACCGAAGUCGCUUCCGACGAGGCCGUCCGUGACACCAUGGAGCGACACAUGCUGUUCGAGUCGAACGCUACUCAAAUCGAAGAUGGCGAUGAAAUCGAAGAUGCUACGGACAAACAAAACGACUCAUCCAACUCUUCUGUGAAGGGCUCGCUCUCUAAAUCUAACUCCACCAACAGCAAGGUGACCAAGAAUCGUGUUGCCACCUCAAGGCGCCGAAACAACCGAAACAACUAUCCUCCUUCAUGGAGCUGUCCCAACAGCAAGAUGAAGAUGAAGCGACGUCUCCUCUGCCUUUACGACGGCCCUCGUCGCCUAUGGAAGGAUGAGAUGAUGCUUGACAAUGAGUUUGAAGUCCGGCUUAAGCUCCCUGCCGGCGAUUGCAUGGGUCGAGAAGCCUAUGUUACUGAUUUGGACAUCGAAACCCUGAAGCGAUCAGAGGGCGUCCUUAAUGCCACCGAAGAAGAAAAGGGCCCAUGGAUCAAGGACCCCAACGCCACUGAAGGCCUCAUUGGACCAACGGCAGUCCCAGUCAUCGAGCAUCCCAUGAAACUCGGUGAUGAACUCAACAUCGAUGAUCUUAUGGGAUAG